AUGACGGAGCGAGGAGGAGGUAUGGUGGUUUCUUCUUCUACUUGUUACGUUCCUUUCCGAUGUCCUCAAAUACGAAAGGCUUUCUCGUUCCGGAAUAUAUUCGAGCCGAGGAAGAACCUAAGCCCUAAUCUUCAAUUGAAAAAUCCUCUGGUUUCUGCAUAUUCUCUGGCACCGACGACGGCGAAAUGCAACAUGUUCGGUUACGGGGAAAGUGCUGAGAACGUAGUCGACGAUAAGGAGUUUGUCCGGUGGUUCCGUGAAGCUUGGCCUUAUCUGUGGGCACAUCGUGGCUGCACCUUCGUCGUUUUUAUCCUCGGAGAGAUCUUGUCUGGACCUUACUGUGAUCACGACAUAGCAUUUCUUCAUCAUCUGGGCAUUAGGUUCGUUCUAGUUCCUGGAACUCAAGUGCAAAUCGACCAGCUUCUAGCUGAGAGAGGACGUGAGCCUACAUAUGUGGGUCGUUACAGAGUCACAGACUCAGCAUCUCUGCAAGCUGCCAAGGAAGCAGCGGGAGCAAUUUCCGUAAUGAUUGAGGCCAACUUAUCUCCUGGACCUUCCAUUUUCAAUAUACGCCGACAUGGUGAUAGUAGUCGUUUGCAUGAAACGGGUGUUAGGGUCGACACUGGUAACUUCUUUGCAGCAAAGAGAAGAGGUGUUGUUGAUGGUGUUGAUUUUGGAGCCACUGGUGUAGUGAAGAAAAUAGAUGUAGAUCGGAUCCGUGAUAGGCUUGAUAGUGGUUCUGUUGUUUUACUGAGGAAUUUGGGCCAUUCCAGCUCCGGAGAAGUCUUAAAUUGCAAUACCUAUGAGGUUGCUACAGCUUGUGCUUUAGCUAUAGGAGCAGAUAAGCUUAUUUGCAUAAUGGACGGUCCAAUUCUUGAUGAGAAUGGGCAUCUUGUUCGCUUCUUGACUCUUCAGGAAGCAGAUACGUUAGUCAGGAAACGGGCACAGCAAAGCGAGAUAGCUGCCAAUUACGUGAAGGCUGUUGGGGAUGGAGACAUAAGUAGUUUACCUGAUCCUCUUGGUUACAAUGGGAUGGUGACGACUUCCAUCAACCAUAAUGGGAGACCAAUUUGGGAAAAACACACCCCGACCUUUCAGAAUGGUGUUGGAUUUGACAAUGGAAACGGGUUGUGGUCUGGGGAGCAAGGUUUUGCUAUUGGCGGUGAGGAGAGACUUAGCCGCUUGAAUGGGUAUCUCUCUGAACUGGCUGCAGCAGCAUUCGUCUGCAGAGGUGGUGUCAAAAGAGUUCACUUGUUGGAUGGUACUAUAAGUGGAGUGCUAUUGUUGGAGCUGUUCAAAAGAGAUGGGAUGGGGACUAUGGUGGCAAGUGAUGUAUACGAAGGAACCCGAGAGGCGCACGUAGAAGAUCUUGCUGGAAUUAGACUAAUCAUCAAACCCCUUGAAGAAUCUGGGACUUUGCUUCGUAGAACUGAUGAGGAGCUACUGCGAGCUUUGGAUUCAUUUGUGGUUGUGGAAAGGGAAGGACAUAUAAUUGCUUGUGCCGCUUUGUUCCCUUUCUUUGAAGACAAAUGUGGAGAAGUUGCAGCUAUCGCAGUCGCAUCAGAUUGCCGUGGGCAAGGCCAGGGAGAUAAAUUGCUUGAUUACGUUGAGAAGAAAGCGUCUGCUCUCGGGCUCGAAAUGCUUUUUCUGCUGACAACGAGAACUGCGGACUGGUUUGUGAGACGUGGGUUUCAGGAAUGUUCUAUCGAGAUGAUACCGGAAGCAAGACGGGAAAGUAUCAAUCUUUCAAGGAGAUCAAAGUAUUACAUGAAGAAGUUAUUGCCAGAUAGGAGUGGGAUUUUAGUUGUUCGAACAUCUCAGUACGGUUUGUGA